AUGGGAAUCUACCACAAGCUGCCAGCAUUAUCGAAGAAGAGCAUCAAUCGAGGUCAGGUCCGCAAAGCGAUCGAAGAGCGCUUUGACAUUUCGUCAGACUUUCACUUCUACCUUGCCAUCGAGUCGAUUAUCCAUAUCCAUCCUGACUUUGACGCUGCGGUAGUGAAGCUCUUUGAGAAGGACCAGACAGCACGGCUCUUCCUUCUGUCGACGUCAAGUCGGAAGAUCUGGAAGAGUCAACUACAAGCACGUAUGGAGGCUGCAGGUGUCGAUCAAGGUCGAUUGCACUUCCUCACCGAUGUGGAUCAAAAACAGGAGACGAUGCUUAUGCGGGCUGCAGACGCUGUUAUCGCGAGUCUUCAUCUCACACGGCCACGUGCGUCACUGCAAGCUUUUGCUGCUGGUGUUCCAGUAGUGACGUUCCCGAACGAGCUCUGGGCCUCACGAAUAACGUAUGGUUUCUAUCGACAAAUGGGGAUCAAUGACCUCAUUGCGACUUCAUUGGACGACUAUGUGGCCUUAGCCGUCAAGUUGGCCACCGAUACAGCCUUCCACAAGAGAAUGGCGCAGCUUAUCAAGAGAAAUCGGUCGAAAUUUAGACCAAAUUUUCCCAAGUGGCGAAUUCGAACCAUUUAUACCGACAUCUGA